CGGUCCGAGCAAGACAUGUCGCGUGAAGAAGAGAAAGAGUUGUCGUGUGGUGGAGUGGAGUGGAGUGGUGCAGUGUGGAUGAGCAAGAUCCCAGCAUCAUCAUCGACAUGGUACGUGAGGCUGAAAGAUCGACGAGAUGGGACUAGACAGGGCUUAUCUUAGCGUCGUUUUACCAGACUACUCUGCCCCACCCCCUCCACAAACUACCUCAAUAUCCACACCCAUUCCCCAAUUCACCGCAAAGAUGGCCACACCAACAGCAACAGCAACAGCGACAUACACCUCCCCCACAUCCACUUCCUCACCCUUCCAAUUCACAUCCCCGCUCUCCCUCCCCUCAUCAUCAGCAUCGCAAACCGCCCACCUCUCCGCCCUCCAAACAAGUCUGAAAGAGCUUCAAUCCACCAUCAACGACUUCCUGACGCAGAAAAUGGCGUCCGACAAAGACGCCGACGCAAAGCACGCCAAAGACGAGGAGAAUUACGGGGAGGAGGUGGUUGAGGAAUGAUUGGCCUUGAAUUGGAUUAUAUAUACGACGAGAACGGGGGCUCAACAGGACAAGACAGUACGGACAUCAGAUUUGCGCAGCACUCAUCUACGACUACCGCC